AUGUCCACUUCAGUCGAUUUUCUCGGCUCACUUUUGGCUAUUGAAAAGUUGAUGCGAUGCGAGCUAUGUGGAGGCCUUGUUAAGAAUGCUCGAACAUUGAACGAAUGCGGUCAUCGCUUUUGCAACAACUGUAUAUACGAUCGGAUCGGCACCAAACGGCAAUGUCCCACUUGUCACCUACCAGCGAUCGUCAAGAAUAUGCGACCCGACCCUAUGCAUGAUACGCUAGUGGCCUGUGUGCAAAAGCUUAAAAAGUUGGUGAAUGAACAGCAGCUUAGCCAAGAUAGCAGCAAUGACGAGUUUGCAGCACCACGUCCAUUGACCUUGGAGGAACGCGCUCGACGACGCGUAGCGGGAUCUUCUUCAAUUGAUCAUUCACCGCCACCACGCGACGCGACAUUUGACGAGAUUAAAAAUGACGAGAUGGAUGCACAACAUGAUGAAGAAAAGAAGAACCAAGGAUCCUCUAUAGAAACAUCCUGGAACAGCAAUUAUUCAAUCGAUGUUGAAUAUCAUGAUGAUGAUGCAUAUGUCGAACCCAAGCCAGAGCCACUAUCCCUUAGUUUAUCUCAUCUUGUCAACAACAAUAACGAUGUCGACCAACAAGCCAACUCGGAUGAUGAACUCCUUCUUGACGAUGACCUACCAGCUGAUGAACAAUACCCACAACAACAACCAGCUAGAUCAACUACUACAACGACGACUCCCACCACAACCACAACCGCCAUCAAGACCAAUGAUACCCAGGAGGAUGAGGACGAGGAUGAUUUGCGUUUGGAUGAUGACCUCCCAGAAGAUGAACGUUAUUACCCGAUACCAUCCACCAACAACAAUGCAUCCAUCAACAUACCAUCAUCACAAAAGAAGCAUGUUGCAUCAAACAAUCAUCAACCUAAUAUUCCCACCAAAAAGAGAUCACAUCAUGAUGAUGACCAAGGUAGCCGACCUUUGGAAGAGAAAGAACAACCAUGCACCCCAAUUCCACCAUCACGCACCACCACCACCACCACCAUCAGCAUUACUACCUCAUCACCUUCACCACGACAGCAAAAGCGAAUACGAUCCAUAUCUCCUCCUCCACAUCCACGAGAUAGAGUUUGGAAGUGCAGCACAUGUAGCUUUCAGAAUGAAUUGAGCCAUGAUUCAUGUGUCUUUUGCAAGCACCCACGGGAUGAUGCACCUGAGAAAGAUCGUGAAGAGCGAAUAUCCACUUUAUCACUACACCCGAGUACCCUUUCCACCAAUGCAUAUCAAUCGACACAAUGCUCAAUGAUCGACAAUCAAAUCCUCAGCUACGCCACCCAAGACAUCCCAUCCUCCUCAUCAACAGCAGCAUCAUCAUUGGAGCCGACAAGGAUGGUGCACGUGAUGUUCACAGGCAUGACGAAUGAUGAAUCCCAAGCAUGUAUUGAUUUGGCGGGUGAAAAGGGAUUGUAUAUGCAAAUUCAUCAGGAUACACGCAACUUUGACGCGGUGACGCACCUUGUUACCACACAAGAUGACCAAGGUUUAAGUCCGAGAACGGAGAAAUAUUUGCGUGGAAUUUUGGCAGGCAUAUGGAUUGUCAACCGAUCAUGGAUCGAAGAGAGUAGUGAAAAGGGAAAAUGGCUAGCUGAGGAACCCUAUGAAGUCAUGGGUGAUACCGUUGCUGGCAAGACGCACGGACCUAGGCGAGCACGUCAGGCACUUGCGGAGGAUGAGAGCCCACUCUUUGAUGGUAUUCGAUUCUGCUUCUUUGGCAAACAAUUCCCCAAUCGUGAUAAGAUGAUGCAUCUAUGCAAUCUUGGAGGUGGACAAAUCCUUGCACGACGACCUCCCGCUGAUAAGACUGGCGUGGCCCAUGAUCAUGAAUUAACAAAGAGGACCAUCAACAAGGAUCAUGUUGUCAUUAUUAUCCAUGAGGAAAGACGAUUGAAUACCAAGAUCUUAGCAUCGUAUCAAGUACGGCAGUUGUCAUGGAUGUUAGAUUGUAUUAGUUGUUUCGCUAGACCUGUCACUGCUGAUGACUAA